GGCAUUGUGUGUGUCUGUGUGUCUGUGUGUAAUUCUAUAUUCAUAUCAGUAAGCUGAAGGCUUUGAACAAACGACACACAAAGGAGAGGGAAAGAGAUGGAGGGUCUUAGGAGGUUUUUGGUUUUGGCAAAGCCAUAUUUUGGAGUUCUUUUUAUGCAAUUGGGUUCAGCUGGAAUGGCGAUUAUUGCAAAGUUUGCUUUGAACAAAGGGAUGAGCCAAUAUGUUUUUGUGUUUUAUCGUAUGAUUAUUGCUACUGUUAUCAUGGCUCCUUUUGCCAUCAUCUUUGAAAGGAAAGUGAGGACGAAGAUGACCAUUUCGUUGGCCUUCAAGAUUGUGAUGCUUGGUCUUCUUGAGCCAGUGAUUGAUCUCAACUUAUACUUUACUGGUAUGAAGUACACAACAGCAACCUUUGCAGUUGCCAUGUGCAAUGUUCUUCCUGCUUUUGCUUUCCUCAUGGCUUGGGCUUGCAGGCUCGAGAGAGUGAAUAUUUGGAAAAGAGGAAGCCAAGCAAAAAUAGUAGGAACCAUAGUAACAAUAGGAGGAGCCAUGAUUAUGACAUUCAUAAGAGGACCCAUGUUGAAUCUGCCAUGGACAAAACCCAACCACCCCUCUUCUUCUUCUUCUUCAUCUUCUUCAAUAAAUCACCACAACCAAAUCAAGGGCUCCCUCAUGAUAACUAUUGGCUGCAUUUGCCAGUCAGCUUUCAUCAUUCUUCAGGCAAUUACAUUGAAAUUGUACCCAGCCGAGCUAUCCCUUACAGCAUUGAUAUGUUUAGUGGCAACCGUUGGAGGCUGUUUGGUGGCUUUGGUCAUGGAGAGAGGGAACCCUUCUGCUUGGGCUUUGCACUUUGAUAGCCAGCUUCUAUCUGUGGUUUAUGCUGGUGUAAUUUGUUCAGGGGUAACAUACUACAUUCAAGGAAUGGUGAUGCAAAUAAAAGGGCCUGUUUUUGUCACUGCAUUCAAUCCUCUAUCCAUGAUUUUUGUUGCAAUCAUGAGCUCCUUCAUCUUAUCUGAGAUUAUGUUGUUGGGAAGGAUUGUUGGAGCAGUGACCAUAAUCACUGGGUUGUACCUGGUUUUGUGGGGCAAAAGAAAAGAUAAGCUUUUAGUUAAAUCAGACUCUGAUGGUAAGCAACAAAUGACUGAAACAGAUGAGGCUUCGAAGAGGACGGUUCAACCGAGUCAAGAAUUCAUCUCGCUUGAUGUUACCAGAGAGACAAAAUGAUGAUUUUCUAUUCCACCUGUAAUGGUAUCUGUUAAUAUAUGUAGCAAGUGUAUGUGUUUUGAAGUACCCUGCAUUUUCAUUUCAACCAAAAUGUAUUUGUAACUUUUGCAUUUGUUGAAGGCUAUAUUAAUAAUAGUUUGUGUUUUUGUUUAAAA